CAACACUCCAAUGCCAGAAUUACCUGAGGUACAGAGAGCGGUAAACACGCUGAAACACGUCGCCAAAGGCAAACGGAUCACCAAAGUAGUGACGUAUCCAGAUCCUAUCGUGUUCAAUGCGACAACGAACGAGGAGUUUGGAAAAGAACUUGAAAACAGAACGGUGUCGGAUGCUAAGAGGUACGGGAAGGUAUUCUACCUAGACUUGGAUGGAAAGGGGAAGAAACCGGUUCUGCACUUUGGGAUGACUGGAAUGCUCCAUGUUAAAGGCGUGAAGCCCAUGCAUUACAAGGAAGCGCCCCGAAAGGACUCGGAGGACACGUGGCCUCCAAGGUUUUGCAAGUUCAUCCUGCACCUCCAGAAUCCUACCGGCUCAAGUAAUGGCGAGCCAGAAACUGAAGUAGCCUUUAUCGACGCCCGUAGGCUCGCUCGAAUACGAUUGUGUACCUCUCCAAUGGAGGAACGUCCCAUCUCUGAACUUGGGUUCGACCCUUUGUUAUCCAUGCCUUCCCUCGAAACCUUCUCCCGCACAGUCUUGAAACGCUCAUGUCCUAUCAAAGCGCUUCUCCUUGACCAAUCUUUCAGCGCAGGAGUUGGUAAUUGGGUGGCAGAUGAAGUGCUCUAUCAUGCCAGGAUACACCCAGAACAACGCUGCAACACUUUAACCACUGAACAACUGAAGAAUUUACAUCACUGUAUCGUCUAUGUUUGCCAAACUGCGGUGGAUGUCGAUGCGGACCACAAAUUAUUUCCAGAAAACUGGUUGUUUGGUCACCGUUGGAACAAAGGGAAGAAGAGUUUCUCGGUCAAACCUUUGAUGCUGCCAUCUGGCAGCAAGGCUACCAUCAAAUGGAUCACGGUUGGCGGCAGAACGUCUGCUUAUGUCCCGGAGCUGCAAAGACUCUCCCCGAAUCAGUCCAAGGAUACAAAGACUGAAGGAGAAUCUGAAGCCGGUGAAAGCGAUCUGACCUCGUUGGUCGAUUCUGACGAGGAGGAAAUUUCAAAAAAUAAACCAGCUAUACAGAAGCGCAAGGCCCCCAAGAGCACCGAACAACCAGCGAGGCAACAGCCAGCACGCUCCUCCAAGAGAUUGAAGGGCAUCACCGUCGACGGCGACACCUAA